CACUUUCCACCCUCGCAUUGAGCUGCGAGAAUAGCAUGAGAUAUGCAACCUGUGGAUAUCUCGAAAGAAGCAACCAGUGAGAAUCGAGGGGGAAAUGCUGGUUAAUUUGUUCAACUAUUUAUCCUCCACCUGUCUUUGCGGUACCUGGUCCUCCACAUGAAUACCUCUCGAUGCACCGCGAUAAUUCUGGUGCUAGAUGUGGCAUGUACCAGGUUCAGAGCUUCCUCGACGAAGGCAAACGCCGGCAAAAUGAAGCUUUCAUUUUCUCUUCUACUUCCUUUGCUCGUGAUAGCCCAGGAGACAACCCUGGGAACAGGAGCGCAUUUCCGGCUGACAAGAUACUCCGGCACUGGCUGCCCGGAAGGCUCGAGCAACAUAACAAUCUCAGAAACAGGUGAGUGGAUCACUAUUACCUACAGCCAAUUUCGAACCUACCUUGGGCCAGACUAUACUCGAGCGGAGAGGGGUAAGACCUGUCAUGUUUAUCUCGCUAUCAUUGCCCCGAGCGUCGACCAUCUCCCUCAAGGGGUUCAAGGGGUGCAGCACACGCUUGCGGACAGCGUAUAUGAAGGAUACUACACUCAGCUCGAUGAUGGAGUGACAGCUCUUCACCACAGCACAUACUACACCCAUGAUUUGGGCCCCUUCAACGUGGUCGCGACGGCAACAUUCGAUGGUGGUGAGACCGGCAAAGCACCUGGCAAAUCGUACAGCGAGACCAGAGAGAUCCCUCUCAGCUCCCUGGAGUAUGGCCGCUGUGUCCAACCAGGUGCUAGAAUGUCGGUAUUCUAUGCCCACGAUCAGAUCACCAUGAGCAGCUCAAAUCCAGAAGCCCGUGGCGUUUCGGUUGCGGGCGACACGGCCGACUUGUUGUAUACGCGCCGUAUCAGAGUCCUAUGGCAAGCGUGUACUCCGUAA